UAGAGUGAGUUGGUCCUGCGAGGCGUCUGUGUGAAGAUAAAGCUGAAAUACAACCAAUAUUUUCGUCUGGGAAAUAUCCGAGCAAUGAAAUGAGAUGACAGGGGCGAAGAAGGCUGAGCUGUCACAGUGAUGGAGGGGCCCACAGAGGACAGCUUGUGUGGCAAAUGGAGAAACGGCUGCAGAUUGGACAGAGACAGGCUGAAGGACAUUUUCUCAUGCCGGCUGCUGAAGACCAUCGCCAUGGGGCAGGUCCUGUCCCUGCUGAUCUGUGGGACGGCGGGCAGCUGCCAGUACCUGGCCGACGCCGGGGUGGAGACGCCGAUGCUGCAGAGCUUCCUGAACUACGCCCUGCUGCUGCUCACCUACACCCCCAUCCUCUGCAUCCACAAAGGUGACACCAACAUCCUGAAGAUCCUCAGAACCAAGUGGUGGAAGUAUCUGGUGAUGGGUCUGGCUGAUGUGGAGGCGAACUACACGGUGGUGAAGGCGUACCAGUUCACCACUCUGACCAGCAUUCAGCUGCUGGACUGCUUCGUGAUCCCGGUGCUGAUGGUUCUCUCGUGGAUCUUCCUGAAGACGCGCUACAGACCGCUGCACUUCAUAGCCGUGGUGGUGUGCCUGUUGGGAGUGGGGGCCAUGGUGGGGGCCGACAUCAUUGCCGGGAGGGACCAGGGAUCCCCCAGUGAUAUGGUUCUGGGUGACGGCUUGGUUCUGCUCAGCUCCGUCCUCUAUGCUGUGUCCAACCUGUGCCAGGAGCACACGGUGAAGAACCUGAGCCGGGUCGAGUUCCUGGGAAUGAUGGGACUGUUCGGGACUCUGAUCAGCGGCGCACAGCUGGCUGCGCUAGAAAUCAAUGCUGUUAAGGCGAUAAAACUGGAUCUGUACAUCUUCAUGCUGUUUGCGGUCUACGCGCUGUGCAUGUACGCGCUGUACAGCUUCAUGCCGGUGGUGGUGAGGCUGACCAGCGCCACGGCCGUCAACCUGUCGCUGCUCACCGCCGACCUGUUCAGCCUCUUCUGCGGCCUUUUCCUCUUCAACUACCAGUUUUCUGUGCUGUACAUCGUCUCGUUCAUCGUCAUCACCGUGGGUUUCAUCAUGUUCAACGCCGUGCCGACGCUCUCCGCCGUGCCGGAUGGCGCCGGCCCGCAGGAGGCUGACAACGUCGCCGAUCCGGCCGCCGACCGGCUGCUGGCUGCAGGCGGAGACGCUCAGAGAACUGGAUCGGUCGGGAUGUUCACGACUCUCUGAUGGAACCAGGUUCUGUAACGGAGGCCAGUUAUGUUACGAGUUACACCAAAUGGUUUUCUGUUCAAAAGCCAGGCAGACAGUUUACAGUCCGGGUCACGGACCUUUUUGGUUUUUUCUGUUUCUGAAUCAUGUGACUGUUGUUACUGAAGAAUAUGUAAUAUUCCCGAUAAGUUUAGCAGGUUGGAUCAUUAUAAUAACCUGAUUCUGUCGCUCUCUACUCCUCAUUGCACCAGCAUGUGGCCCAGUCUUCCCUUCCUGCCUCCAGUAAACAAACCAGUUCAGAACCAGUGAGCUGAAGCUGCUACACAUUCAUUGAUCUUUAUUUUUGUGGUCCAAUAUUUGACUUAGUUUCAGAGAUAAACUGUUUUUAAAGUUCUCCACUCUGCUGGUUCUAAAAACUAAAAACCAGAUUCUAAUCAAACAAAAUAAAAUAAUUAUGUAUUUUAAAAACUUCUUUAACUAUUCCUCUUGACCUAAAGGGUGCAGAACAAGUUUGUAUUUCUCUGGACUAUUUCUACAAAAUCACAUUUCUUACAGUAAAUUAUUGUAAAAUACCUUUCAAUUUCUGCCUUAAUACGUGUGAAAACUGAUUUCAGUUUGUUACUAAACAUCCUAAAGGUCUCGGAUACUUUUACCUCCAGAAAGUGGAAAAAAAUCACCAAAAAUGAAACAAAACCACAAAUAUAUGAAACGGUGAAACCAUCUGAAAUGUUCCUAAACAUUAAUUUAGUUGAACUGAUGCGAUCGGACUGAUCUCAGUGUCUGGUGAACGAGAACCGAUGCUUAAUAAUAUCACAUUAACCUUCAUGUCCAGGUUUGUGCCAAUAUGAAUGUCUGAUAUUAAAACUAUUAUGUUGCCAAUAACUGAUACCUGAUAUAUUUAUCGUCUCUU